AUGACUCAACCACAGCAACCUCAGCUCCAAAAGCACCGCAAGUCGUCCUGCCACCGCCACCCUUCCAAACCUAUCACAGGAUUCUGUGCCUCCUGUCUCCGAGAACGCCUCGCCGGCAUCGACCCCGACACCCACCAAGAAACCCCCGUGACGCAUCUCGCCGCCGAGCUCCGUCGCAGCAAAUCAUACUCCAGCUCCUCCACAAACAGCAACCCCAACAAUAACAAUGCUUCAUCCACCUCUACCUCCUCCACUACUGCCACCACCUCUGAGCCCCGCCGCAAAUCAUGCGACGUUAGACCGUCUCGCAACACUCUGUCUGACCUCUUCCACGUCGAUGAUAAAAGAAGAGACUUCUUGAUUCAAAAGCCAAAGGGUUUGGAUUUAGGCUUUGAAUUAAAAGAAGAAGAAAUUUUAGGAGAGAUUAGGGUUUCUGCGCAGAAUGCGAAUAAUAGUGAAAGGAAUGCGGAGGAUUUUGAAGAGGAUGGGGAGUUAAAAACAAUGAAGGAGUUUAUAGAUCUUGAGUGGGAGAGAAAGAAAAAUGGAGGGAGAGAUCUUAAGGACAUCGCAGGGAGUUUUUGGGAGGUAGCUUCAGUGUUUAGUAAAAAACUAGGGAAAUGGCAGCGAAAACAAAAGAAGAAGGAGAAGAGAGAUGGGGAAAAUCUUGGAAGUUUGGUGAGAAAUAAGAAGUUGAGUGUUAGGAAAUUGAGAGAGACGCAAUCGGAGAUUGGAGAGUAUGGAUUUGGGAGGAGAUCUUGUGAUACUGAUCCAAGAUUAUCUGUAGAUGUGUCGCGGUUGUCUGUUGAUGAUUCUCGCUAUUCGUUUGAUGAGCCUAGGGCUUCUUGGGAUGGAUGUUUAAUUGGUAAAACUUAUCCGAGGCUAACUCCGUUGGUUUCUGUUAUGGAAGAUGUCAAGUUGCCUAGUGGUGGGGUUGAGAAUGUAAAGGAGAUUGUGAAUUUGAAGAAUGAAGGGGAGAGUAGUCCUGGAGGUACGAUGCAAACUAGGAAUUAUUAUUCUGAUAAGAGGAGGAAGAGUUUUGAUCGUUCGGGAUCUAAUAGGAGAGUAGGGCUAGGGGAUGAAGAGUUUAAAUCAAUGUCGAAUGCCAAGGUAUCUCCUGAAACAGUUGGUUUAUUCCAUGGGGCAAAGUUGUUGGUCACAGAGAAAGAAUUGAGGGAUUCAAAUUGGUACUCGCUUAAAGAUUACGGCGAUGAGAAUGUGGAUGCUGUUUCCAAACAUGCUAGUUCGAUUACUGGUGGCGGGGCUAGCAAAAAGGGUUUCAAAUUCAAGAAGCCGCAUAAGUGGUUUGGUGUGUCGAAUAUUUGGGGUUUGAUGCAGAGGAGUAGUCAGAGCAAAUGUGGAGAUGAUAGGAGUAGUAUUGGUGGAAAUGUGGUUGAUGGGCCAAUACCAGAGUCUUGGCAGAAUUUGAGUGGCGUGGCUGAUGGAGAAGCAAACGGGAUGGUGAGCCCGAGGCUUAUACGGAGCUAUACUGUGAGUGGAAGGGAUUCCUGCAAGAUGGCUUGCAGUACAAGUGGUGCUGAGAGCAAAGAGACUGGGAUGAAGAGAAGGGAAGAGCUUUUGCUGCAGCGGAAUCGGAGUGCCAGGUAUUCUCCAAACAACGUUGAUAAUGGCUUGCUACGGUUUUAUCUGGCACCAUUAAGGAGUUACGGAAGAAGCAAAUCUGGAAAGAGUAGGCUAAAGAAUUCAAACUCCUUGUCAAGGAAUGUUUUGUAA